AUGUUGCCUAGAGGGAACAAGUUUGAUUCUAGAGUAAGGAAGACUGUCCUACUUGGCUAUGAAGAAACACAAAAAGGUUAUAGACUUUUUGACAUGGAAGCUGGUGCUUUUCUGGUUAGUAGGGAUGUCAGCUUUAGGGAAUCUAUAUUUCCUUUUAAGGGGGCUAAGAUAGAUCUUGAUGACAUCCUUUGUCCUGCCCCUGCACAAGAUAUACAUGAGCAUGCUUUGCCAAUUGCAAUUGAUAGAGAACAGACUAUGCAGGAAGAAACUAAUAAGACUUUGCCAGUAGAAGGAGUAAAUAUUGGUGAAUCUUCAGUAGCAGAGCUACCUGAAGCUGUGAUAGAAAGGUCAGACAAUAUAGAAAAUAUGAUAAAUGAUACCACAUGUCCAGAAGAGGUUGUAGGAGCAGGUCCUCUUCAUGGCAUACCAGCAGAACCAGAAGAUUUUGUAGUAUCUAAGAAGACAGCCAACCAGGCAUCUGUGUUUCCCAUUUCUGAUUUUAUCUCCUAUACCAAUUUAUCUCCUAACUAUCAAACAUACUUAAGUGCUUUUUCAGCAGCACUUGAACCUCAAUCAUUCCAAGAGGCUUCUAAAGAUCAGAGGUGGAUUGAAGCAAUGGAGAAAGAGAUACAGGCCUUGAAAGAGAAUCAUACAUGGAAUAUAGUUGAUCUUCCAAUUGAUAAGUAG